GAGACCACGGACUAUGUGAGGCCCAUCGUGUUCACUGUGGCAGUGGCACUGCAGGAUCCCGACCAGGGCCCUGCGCUGGACGACACCUGGCCCACCACCUUCAGGACUGAGCUUCCCUUCUGGAAUGGCUGUGAUGAGGACGACCGCUGUACACCAGGCCUGUCCUUACAGAGUACAACUGACCUGCUGUCUUGGAGGCAGUUCUGUGGGAAUGCAGUCCACUCCAGGGGUGCGAUGUGUCGACGUCUGUCCGAAGGAGGGGCGGAGGGGUCAGAGCGAGUGAUGGAGGGAUCGAGGAGGAGGAUGGUGGUGGACGUUCGUCUGGAGAAUAGAGGAGAAAACGCCUACGGAGCCCGCCUCAACAUCACCUACACUCCUAACCUUCGAUUCUCUAGUCUCAUAGUCAAGGACAACUCGGAUAUCAAGAUAGAGUGUCGCAGUGAGGACAGACAGAGGCAUGAGAAGACCUGCAACGUCAGCGCUCCCUUCAUGAGAGCCAAGACGCAGGUCUCUUUCCGCCUGGAGUUUGAGUUCAGCCGAUCAGUGUUCCUGGACCACGUACGAGUCAUUCUAGAAGCCAGCAGUGACGGAGAGGAGGUUACCUUAGAAGACAAUUUCAACGACAUCUUUCACCCGCUGAAAUACGAGGCUGACCUCCUAUUUACAAGGGACUCCAACCCCUCUGGCUGUGAAAUCAAAGCAGACCUCUCCCUGGAGAUACCAGGAAAUAUUGGUCCUCCAUUCAACUUCACCUUCCAGAUUCAGAACCUGGGCUUCUUUCCCGUGAGGGACCUGCAGUUGAAUAUAGAAAUUCCAGAGAUGACCAAAAACGGGAACCAGCUGUUGCAGAUAUCGGACUUCCAUAUUGACAAAACCGACGGUACCCGCUGCAUACCCCCUCAACAUGUGGCACAGAGCAGGGCGUCCCCAGAAGACCUCUCUCGAGUCUCACGCCUGAACCAGUCCAAUACUCUGCCUCUGCCGGUCCAAUGCACUGUCAACCUGAACCCCUACAAGGAAGUCAGCGUCAGAAUCAGGGGGGCAUUGCGGUUGGACGCCUUGCAUGCUCUGAGGUUCAAAGUCCUGGAACUGGUGACGAGUGCAACAGUAGAACUUCCACCUUCAAGCCCCAUGUUUCUUCAUGAAGAAAGGCCUGUCAGACAUAUAAUCCUGGAGAUUAGGAAAGAAGGGGAUUACAGAAUCUCAAUCUGGAUUAUCAUUGGGAGCACGCUGGGAGGGUUGUUGCUGCUGUCCCUGCUCAGCCUAGCUCUAUGGAAGCUUGGCUUCUUCCAGAGGCAGAAGAGGAGAGAAGAGGAUGAGCAGGAGACCAAUGGAAAGGUGGCAGAGGAGCGGUAACUAACGCAGGCGAGGGACCAGCCAUCACACACACACAGGGGAACCAACACUCAGGGACUGUCCCAUCCCCCCCGACACCACAGCGGUACAGUCCAGAAGGCUCUGCAAGAUGAGACCGUCAGAUCAAGACCUGCUCAGUGCACUGGAUGACCAACUGUACCUGUAUGACCCAUGAGACGUUAGCACUACCAACCAUAAUGCCCUGCCCUCCACUGUACUGCUGAGACUACUGGACCCUCCUCGGUGCCUGGUUACCCAUACCCACCUCUGACCUCUACCCUUUAGCUAGACACCCUUCACCAUGGUUACCCACCUCUAACCUCCACACACACUGCCCCUGGUUACCACCUCUAACCUCCACCCACACUGCUCCUGGUUACCCACCUCUGACCUCUACCCUUUAGCUAGACACCCUUCCCCAUGGUUACCCACCUCUAACCUCUACCCUGUAUCUAGACACCCUUCCCCAUGGUUACCCCCCUCUGACCUCUACCCUGUAUCUAGACACCCUUCCCCAUGGUUACCCCCUCUGACCUCUACCCUGUAUCUAGACACCCUUCCCCAUGGUUACCCACCUCUAACCUCUACCCUGUAUCUAGACACCCUUCCCCAUGGUUACCCACCUCUAACCUCCACCCACACUGCCCCUGGUUACCCACCUAUGACCUCUACCCUGUAUCUGGACACCCUUCCCCCUGGUUACCCACCUCUAACCUCUACCCUUUAGCUAGACACCCUUCCCCAUGGUUACCCACCUCUAACCUCUACCCUGUAUCUGGACACCCUUCCCCUGGUUACCCACCUCUAACCUCUACCCUUUAGCUAGACACCCUUCCCCAUGGUUACCCACCUCUAACCUCUACCCUUUAUCUGGACACCCUUCCCCCUGGUUACCCACCUCUAACCUCUACCCUGUAUCUGGACACCCUUCCCCAUGGUUACCCACCUCUAACCUCUACCCUGUAUCUGGACACCCUUCCCCCUGGUUACCCACCUCUAACCUCCACCCUUUAGCUAGACACCCUUCCCCCUGGUUACCCACCUCUAACCUCCACCCACACUGCCCCUGGAUACCCACCUCUAACCUCCACCCACACUGCCCCUGGAUACCCACCUCUAAACUCUACCCACACUGCCCCUGGAUACCCACCUCUAACCUCUACCCUGUAUCUAGGCAAUGGCACCCUUCCUCCUGACCACAUUGAAGAGCGAUGGAGAGAUAUUUUGGUUGAUGAGUCCAUUCCUAUUGGUGUAAUAAUGACUGACUUGGAAAAGGCUGCAGUUAUACUCAGACAAUGAUUCUGAGGCAAGCAGCUUAAAUUUGAUUGACCUUGGUGGGCUUUGUUUUGAGAUAACUGUACACUGUACAAGAAGAACCCUCAAGGUGCUGUGCCAACUGCAGGCGGCCAUAUUGGCUUACUAUGGCCGACUGCGCUGACAUGUACAGUACAUACUUCUGGAGAGAAACACAAAGACGAAGAAGUUGGCGGCAUGUGCCAGUAGAUGUGACUCUACCCAAGUGACUAUUAGAGAACGGUAUUGUGAACUGAAAAUCUCCAAGACACCAGGACAACAAUUGUCAACAUUCAAGAAACUCUCUGGUGCUUUUGUUUCCAGAGAACUGUUUUUUGUAAGUCCCAAGAAAAGACCUUCUGUUUUGGAGAUCCCACAUUCCUUCCCCUCUCCUCUCAUACUAAUCCUACAGUAUCUCCAUUGGAGGAAAAUACACGGAAUAAAUUCAUAAUUUUGAUGCACUUUUACUUUGUAGAAAUACAAACUUGAAUUUUGUAAAUAGUCAAGUAUCUUUUUAUACAUAACCAAGCCUAAUAUUGUGAUUUUCCAGUAUUCCCCACAAGGAUUGAGGCAUUAUCCUGUUCCUCUAGAGACAUGGCAAAUGAGUUUAGCCUACGAGACAAAUACAAAUGGGUUUUCUGACAUGCUUUGCACCACAACAAAUAGCCUUUGAAGAAAGCUGUUGAAGAACGACUUAUUCAGGAUUUCAACAAAAUGGCGGGCUAUCAUGUAAUGUUAUGAUGAGGACCGGACCAUUGGUGUUUAGUGCUUCUAUGUGCAAAUGAAUAAUUUUCAAAUGUUUUUUUGUCAAUGAAAUCCCUUUUGUUUAUUCAUGAAUGUCAGUGUCCAACCCAUGUGGAUGAGGUAUAAAUCAACUCUAAUACAUCUAGAAUAAAAUGUCAAGUGUGUUGUA